AUGGCUCCUCGUACCGAAUUCAGUACGGAGCGAGUUCAAAAUAAGGCCCGCAAAGACCUGCUGUACCUACUCGAGGGCGUCCGCGGCAAGAAGAAUCUCGUCUUCGACAAGAGCUUGGUCGGUCCCAUUGGAACGGUGGUCAAAGUCAACACAUUGCAAGAGUACGGAGUCGACAAGUUCUUCGUCCUGGAAAAUGACAACGUGGAUACCAGCCAGCACAACGUGGUAUUCAUUGCCAGAGGAGAGUGUGGACGUCACGCCGAGGACAUAGCUAACCAAAUAAAACGAGUCCGACGCCAAAGCCCUACAAGCCAUGAGUUUCAUAUCUUUUGGGUCCCACGUCGCACCUUGGUAUCGGACCAACUUCUAGAAGAGGCGGGCGUAUUGGGCGACGUGAGCAUAUCGGAGCUCCCUUUAUCCUUCUUCCCAUUAGAGAGGGACGUUUUAUCCCUAGAAUUAUGUGAUUCCUUCAAGGACCUGUACCUCUCCAAGGAUGUCACACCAAAUUACCUUUUGGCAAAGGCCUUGAUGGAAGUUCAGCAGAAUCAUGGCUUGUUUCCUCGGAUAAUUGGAAAAGGAGAUAAUGCAAAGAAGGUGUCUGACCUUCUGGUCCGCAUGCGCCAGGAAGUACUCGCGGGGGGAGAUUCGAGCGACUCGCGCAAACCCGGUUUGACACCCAGUUCGACAAACGAGAGCCUUAUUAUAAUCGAUCGCGAGGUGGACUUUGUUACUCCUCUUCUCACCCAGCUGACCUACGAAGGUCUUAUAGACGAAGUAUUUGAAAUCCAGAAUAACCAAACCAAGGUGGACACAACCAUUGUCGGCGCUCCCGCUCGGUCAUCUGCGGCUACUACGCAAGGACGGAAGGAGAUGGUUUCCCUGGACUCUACCGACAAACUAUACGAUCAGCUACGAGAUGCCAACUUUGCCAUCGUUGGCGGAAUGCUCAACAAGGUUGCUCGGCGGUUGCAGCAAGUUCAGUCUGACUACGAGACCAAGCACAAGACAAAAACAUUGGCUGAACUCAAGGAGUUUGUUGGUCAAUUACCAGGGUAUCAGCAAGAGCAUCGAAGUGUCCGAAUUCAUACCGGCAUCGCCGAGGAAAUCAUCAAGCGCACCAGAACCGAUCAGUUCAAGGGCUUGCUAGAAGUGCAGCAGAAUCUUGCUGCCGGUGCAGAUCCCUCCUCUCAAUUCGAUGCCAUCGAGGAGCUGAUAGCGCGCGACGCGCCUAUUCGUGAGACCCUCAGGCUAUUGUGUAUUUAUUCCUGCAUUUCUGGGGGCAUUAAACCAAAAGAGUUUGAUCAGUUUCGAAAGCUUGUCUUGCAUGGGUACGGAUAUCAACAUCUCCUGACGCUUCACAACUUGGAAAAGCUGCAGCUCUUCCUUUCUCGAUCCUCUCCUCUUGCUGGAAUGAUCCCCAUGACCGGUGGCAGUACAGGGGCAACGGGCACCAAAACGAAUUACACCUAUUUGCGGAAGCAGCUGCGACUUAUUGUCGACGAGGUUAAAGAAGAUGAUCCCAACGACAUUGCAUACGUAUACAGCGGAUACGCUCCUCUAUCAAUUCGCUUAGUCCAAUGCGUCCUGCAGAAGCAAUAUCUAUUGUCUUUCGCCAAGGGUGGUAGUGCGGCGAACGCUGGUGUUGCAGCUGCGGGCGCCACGAGCCAGGGCUGGCAUGGCUUUGACGAAGCAGCCAAGCAUGCCCGCGGGCAGACAUUCUACGAGCUUCAAACUGGCGAGGACAAGGCGGUGAAGGCUCGUGCACUCCUUUCAGGUACCAGUGCGAAGCAGACUGUGUUUGUCGUCUUCGUGGGUGGGAUCACGUUUACCGAAAUUGCGGCGCUGCGCUUCAUAGCUAGGCAGGAUGAGGGUAGGCCGGCCUUUUUUGACGAAUAG